GUAUCAUAUAAAAUUCUUUAGUAAUAAUUAUUAGGUCUUAAGAAAUACAGUAGUUGCGAGUUUAAUUGACUAGAGAGAGUCAUGAUUAGUUUAACGAUAAUGACUAUUUAAUCGGGCACAUUCUUUUCCAAAGAUACCCCUACGACAACAUUAAAAAAUACAAAAAGCCGAAACCCGCCCACUACAAUGAAAAGCUCCGCCACCACCACCACCCUCUGGAACGAUGACGUUUCUACUACUUCUACUCUUCUGCUUUCUCUCGCCGGCAAUCUCCUCCGCCCACUCUAUUCCGUCAACUUUAGAUGGACCGUUCGUUCCGGUGACGGUGCCAUUGGACACCUCUCUCCGGGGGCAAGCCAUCGAUUUGCCCGACACCGAUCCCCGCGUCCGCCGGCGUGUCAUUGGUUUUGAGCCGGAGCAAAUCUCUCUCUCCCUCUCCUCCGAUCAUGAUUCCAUCUGGGUCUCUUGGAUCACAGGUGAGUUCCAAAUCGGAAAGAAGGUGAAGCCAUUAGAUCCGACAAGUAUCAACAGUGUUGUUCAAUUCGGAACCUUGAGGCACUCACUGAGUCAUGAAGCUAAAGGACAUUCACUUGUUUAUAGUCAACUUUAUCCUUUCGACGGUCUCCUUAACUACACUUCUGGAAUCAUACACCAUGUUCGCAUUACAGGGCUGAAACCAAGUACUAUCUAUUACUAUCGAUGUGGAGAUCCUUCAAGACGGGCUAUGAGUAAGAUACACCAUUUCAGGACAAUGCCUGUUUCUAGUCCCUCGAGUUAUCCUGGUCGAAUAGCGGUUGUUGGUGAUCUUGGUCUCACUUAUAACACUACUGAUACAAUUAGUCACUUGAUUCAUAACUCUCCGGAUCUCAUUUUAUUGAUCGGCGACGUGAGUUAUGCAAACUUGUAUCUAACAAACGGGACUAGCUCUGAUUGUUAUUCUUGCUCUUUCCCUGAGACACCUAUACAUGAGACGUAUCAGCCACGUUGGGACUACUGGGGUAGGUUUAUGGAGAAUCUGACUUCCAAAGUUCCUUUGAUGGUGAUUGAAGGGAACCAUGAGAUCGAAUUGCAAGCAGAGAACAAGACAUUUGAAGCUUAUAGUUCAAGAUUCGCUUUCCCUUUUAAUGAAAGCGGCUCGUCUUCUACGCUAUAUUAUUCCUUUAACGCUGGUGGGAUUCACUUUGUUAUGCUUGGUGCCUACAUUGCGUAUGACAAAUCAGCGGAACAAUAUGAAUGGUUAAAGAAGGAUUUGGCUAAAGUCGAUAGAUCGGUAACUCCAUGGUUAGUAGCUUCUUGGCAUCCACCUUGGUAUAGUUCUUAUACAGCGCAUUACAGAGAAGCAGAAUGUAUGAAAGAAGCUAUGGAGGAAUUACUUUAUUCUUAUGGUACCGACAUUGUCUUUAACGGACAUGUAAGACCCGACCCAAAAAGCUGUCACUUAUCUUUCUUUGCCUUUCGAUUUGAUAUGAUGGACCGUUAUGUUUUUUCUUUUGUGAAAACUUAUUUCCAGGUGCAUGCUUAUGAACGGUCGAACAGAGUAUACAAUUACGAACUGGACCCAUGUGGUCCAGUUUACAUUGUGAUUGGUGAUGGAGGUAACCGUGAAAAGAUGGCGAUCGAGCAUGCAGAUGACCCCGGUAAAUGUCCAGAGCCGUUAACCACGCCCGAUCCAGUCAUGGGUGGGUUUUGCGCGUGGAACUUCACGCCGUCUGAUAAGUUCUGUUGGGAUCGGCAACCUGAUUAUAGUGCCCUGAGAGAAAGCAGCUUUGGCCAUGGAAUCCUAGAGAUGAAGAACGAGACAUGGGCACUAUGGACAUGGUAUAGGAAUCAAGACUCGAGCAGUGAAGUCGGAGAUCAGAUUUAUAUUGUGAGACAACCUGAUCGAUGUCCGCUUCACCACCGCCUUGUUAACCAUUGCUAA